AUGUCAUUGAAAUCCUGGUGUGAACUAAUAAUUACGAUAUUUUUACUAGUAUGGGGUGCAAAUUUCUUAUUUACAAAGGCCAUUUUGGAAAAUAAGAGAGACCUUUCUGUUAUGGCAUUAAAUGAACAAUCCAAUAAAACGAGUGUCCGUAAGAAGAACGAAACAGCAUUAUACAGAAAUUUUUUGGUCCCAAUUGGAUUUCCUUUGACCACUGGUUUGGGUUUAUCUCUUGGUUAUAAAAUUAGAAAUGGUAAUUUCAUGGACGUAUGGAAAGCUAUUAUGGAUGUCACCGUUGAAAAAAAUAAUUUUAUUAGUUUUAAUAAUAAUAAAAGAUAUACUCUCUCUCUGAUCAAUGGUGCUGCCAAUCAUCUUAUUAAGGAAGUUUACGAAAAAUUUGAUGUUAAUGAGGUAGGCGUGAAUAUUAGUGUAUCAAGUUUUGAAGGUUUUGUGAUCAGUGUAGCAUCUAUGAUAUAUUCCAUAAGGAACAAAAAUGGGAAGGGAUUAUUACAUUAUUUAACUACAGUUCCUCGUCAAAGAUUGUCUAAUGUAGAUAUCCUUGUAAUUGAUUCUUGGCAAGCAUUUAGAAUGCUGAACAAGAGUGAGGAUUGGUAUAAAUUGAUCAUUGUUUGUGACGAUACGGAAAGUGUCCUAAAACCAAAGAAUACUGAACUUUUAAAAAAUGUUAAAACUUGGAAUGAAAUCAUUGCAGGUUCUACUGAGGAUUCACGUUUCGAAUAUGAUCCUCCAACUGAUAAUUCCGAUGAGUUGAAAUUAUUGUUAAAUAUCACUACAUCUUCAAAUGAAACUACAUCUUUCAAUCAAUUAAAUUUAGUCAGCAGUAUAUCGGCAUUCAUAAAGACGUUCCCCUUAAAUAACGAAUUAUCUUCGAAUGAUGUUAUUACAGAGAUUUGUGAUCCAUUUUCAUUGACUAAGAAUAAUCUUCAAAUUUGGCCAAAAGUUUUAUCCGUGUUACUGCUUGGGGGGUCAGCACAAUUUCUAUUGGAUAAAGAUGUUGAAUUGGAUGCUCUUAAUGACACAACUUUGCUAGUUGUUAACCCUAAGGCCUUAGGUAAUCUAUCAAAGACAAUCAAAGAAAAAUUGGCUUCUUCUUCAAAAUUUGACACAAUCAAACAAUCUCUCUCAACAACCCUGUUAAGUGAAGGGAUUAUGAACAAAAUAUCUAAAUUAGAUGUCCCUCAACUGCAGAAAAUACGAUCCAUCUAUUUAAUUGAGGAGUUAACCAAUGAAUCACACAUUCUAUCCUUUGAUGGUAAAAUACCGAAAAGAACCAAAGGUCAAAUAAAUGGAAAAUUCACCAGUACUAAGCUCAAUUAUUAUAGAGCGUUGUUUGGAUGUAGACUAGUAGUUGAAUUAUUUUGUCCAUAUAUAAUUAUGGGUCCAAUUAGUCAAACGAAUUUUUACGAUUACAGAAUUUUUCCAAAAGUAGUGGAUGCUAACGUUACCUGUGUAGGGUCAAUGACAACUGCUUUAGAAGGGAAAAUUGUUUCAACAGAAAUGAAUCCUGAUUUGGAAAUUGAAGAUAGACAAGGUAUGUUAUGUGUUCGUGGGUUUACAAUAGGAAGACCAGUAACCGAAAAACGGUUGGAAAAUGCCUUAACCUUAAGUAAUAGCAUUGCAGGCGGUGAGGGGUGGAUUCCUUUAGUAGGUGUCUUUGGUUUAUGGGGACAAGACGGUUGUCUUUACAUAUAUAAUUAA